AAUGAAAAAUUGAGGUUAUGUGUUUGUACUUUUCGAGUAUUUGGUUUUAGUUUCAUAUCAAAAAUAGUAUUUAAUUAUAUACUCAAGUUAAGAACAAUAUUUAUUAACUAAAUGUGAAUUUUACAUAAUUAUACCUAUGAAACUUAGAAUUCAUAUGUCUACAUUUACUAUAUUGUUGAUCAAAUAAUAAUAAUGUCAGACGUAAUGGACAACAGUUGAACGGCGUUUUUUCACUUACAUUAACGUGUGUAAAUAUAUUGUUUUUAAGCACCAUAGUGUAAAAUAAUUUACUAAAUAUUAACCUUAAAACUUAAUAAAUUAUAAUAAUAGUUAACUGAUAACUUAUUCUACUACAUAAAGCAUAUCAAAGAAAUGGAAGGAAAGAAGCAGGUAGACUUAAAAAAAGAAUUUGGUCACUAUGCUACUAAAUACAAAAGUUUAAAUCCAUUUAAUGAAAUUGACUCAAAAAAACUUCUUAAAGAAAGAUAUAAACAAAACUUAGAUGAUUCAAAACCUUUAGAUGAAGAACCACCAACUAAAACUGUUACUGUUGAUUUAUAUAAACAAAUUCCAGAAUUGGAAGAUAUUGAUUUAAUCAAAUCAGAUCCUUUAUGUAAUAUGCCAAAACUAUCUGAAAAAGAGGCUGUACGAAGAGUGCGGAAUAAAUUUAUUAAGCUACAAUUGUUGUAUGCACAGCAAUUCAGGUACAUACAUUUUUAAUUAAAAAACUAUAUAACUGUUUAUUAAUAUUAUUAUUUUUUUAAUAGAUAUUUAUUAUUCAAAUAUCGAAUAAAACGUAGAGAAUUCUUAUUAAAUAAAAAAUGUGAUUCUGAUCCUUGUGGAAGUGGAUUGCUAAAUAAUUCAAAAUGGGCCACUGAAGAAGAAUACACAAAAUUUCAAAAGCUUAAACUUCUGGAACACUAUCAAAAAAUGACAAUCGGGCAGGAGGCAGUCGUGUUUAAAACAGCUAUGGAUAGAAAAAUCAGAGCAACUUCAUUAUUAAGUAAUAAGGGAAAAUCACAUCCACCACAUUGUACAUUUGUAGAAAUGGGUAUAAAAUGCACAGGAAAAAUGAUACCUAAGAGUAAAUUUUGCAAGAAACAUAUACUUAAGGACCCUAAACAAGUUUUAUUUCGAGCUUGUGGUAUACUUCAAAGUGAUAACAAAUGUCAAGAGCCUAUAGUUAACUUUGAUAUCAAAUCCACAUGUGUUUUACAUGACAAAUUACCAAUGCUUCGAGAUUAAGAAACUAAAACUAAAUGUAGACAAGUUAUAUUGUUGGAGGUAUGCACAUUUUUGGUAAUGAAAAGUUACCUAUUAUUUUUUCUUUUUUAUAUAACAUAUUUAUAUCCCCCAGUUUGAUACUGUAAUGUUUGUUUCAUUUAAUUUGUAUA